AGGCUGGCGAGAGGAACAAACCUGAACACAGGGAGUCAGAGAGUUAGUCAGGGGUGCAGAUAAUAUGAAGGCAAUUCUUUCAGAGAGGUAAGUCGGAGGCCGAGGCAGAACACCACUUGGGUAAAGAGUAGUGAGAAGAGCCGAGUAGAUAUACUGCCAGGUGCUGAUUGGUGGAUGGAGAGCAGGUGAGCAGCAGCAGAUGAGUAGCAGGUGUGUCAGUCUCUGAUUGGAAGUUCACCGGAGGCCACGCCCCGCAGCACAUGCACACACACACACACACACACACACGCAAACAAACACAGAAGGGGAACCAACAGGGGACAAACAGACAGAAACACUAGGAAUGGUACAGCUGUACCAUGACAGAUGGAGAACAAAGAUGAAGCCAAGAAAUUGAGAAAAUCUAUUUGGAAGUGACAUCUUCAAAAAACAAAACCAUAUCAGGGGAGCACACUGACCAAAUAAAUCUAUUGCUGGACUACCAGGGAGCACGUGACCCCGGAGAUGAACAAGCUUCGUCAGAGCCUGAGGAGGAAGAAGCCCACCUAUGUGCCAGAGGCCAGCAGACCGCAUCAGUGGCAGGCUGACGAGGAGGCUGUACGUAAGGGCAAAUGUAACUUCCCUGUUCGGUACCUGGGGUUGGUUGAGGUGGAGGAGUCAAGAGGGAUGCAUGUAUGCGAGGAGGCAGUGAAGAAGCUAAAAGUUAGCGGGAAAAAGACAGUCAAGGCAGUAUUGUGGGUUUCAGCUGAUGGACUCAGGGUGGUGGAUGACAAAACUAAGGACCUCAUUGUAGACCAGACCAUUGAGAAGGUUUCAUUCUGCGCUCCUGAUCGUAACUAUGACAAGGCCUUCUCCUACAUCUGCCGAGACGGUACUACCAGACGGUGGAUGUGCCACUGCUUCAUGGCUCUCAAAGACUCGGGUGAGAGACUGAGCCAUGCAGUUGGCUGUGCCUUUGCCGCCUGUCUGGAGAGGAAGCAGCGCAGGGAGAAGGAGUGCGGCGUGACAGCUUCCUUUGAUGCCAGUCGCACCUCAUUUGUGCGUGAGGGCUCCUUCCGCGCCAACUCUUCCUGCAGCCAGCAGGGCAGCAGCAGCGAGCGAGAUGACAAGCUGCAGGACAAGAAGAAAGACCAGCCCUCUGCAAUCCCAGCCCUACCACCUGGCACUGCCUCCCCACCCGAGGGUGCAGCGUCACCCAUGGAGCGGCCAGAACCUGGCGGGCCUCACGCCAUCCCUCGCCGCCAUGCGCCUAUCGAGCAGCUGGUGCGUCAAGGCUCGUUCCGGGGAUUCCCGGCCCUCAGCCAGAAGAACUCUCCUUUCAAGAGGCAGCUAUCGCUCCGCCUCAACGACCUGCCAUCCACACUGCAACGCAAGACCGAUUUCCAGGCCAAGAACCCUGAGAUGGAUAUGGGGUUGCCAGGUGAGGGAGACAGUAGUAUAAAUGCCCUGUGUUGCCAGAUCAACGCCUCCUUCACCAAGCCAUCAGACGAGCUCUUCUGCAAUCCCUCUUUGUCUGCAAAUGGCCCUCCAACCUGCACUGUGCCCCCUAUCCUGCCUCCACCACCUGUACCAAUGCAGGCCCCGUCUUCCUGGGUGCAACCAGAGCCUCCACUCCACUCGCCUCCUCCGGUUUCCGUGGCGAUGCAGAUGCAGAGUGGACACAGACGCACACCCUCUGAGGCUGAGAGGUGGUUGGAGGAGGUCUCCAAGGCUGUCAAGGCUCAACAAACCCCGCCCCCAGGCCCCACAAUCCCCACCAUCCCUGGACCACCCUCCAUGUCGAGUCAACAGAUGUCCAGUCAGGCAGCCAUAUCAGCUGCCCCAGUGUCCACUGUCCCUAUGUCACUUGGCACCAUGUCUAAACCUCUCAUCUCGGGCCCCUCUGCUCUCUCAGGUCAGGCCCCAAUGCCACUCCCACCCAUGUCAAUAUCAUCAGUUCCUCUAAUACCAGGCCCUCCAGUGUCAGGCCCCCCUAUGUCUCUACCUUCCAUGUCCAUUCCCACGAUGUCCGGUCCGAGCAUGUCUGGGGCCCCCAUGAUCCAGCCCUCCCUCCCUGGGCACCCAGGCUCCCUUCCAAGCUCAAUGCAGCCCUUCCCCUUGGCUUUCGAUGCCACUCCAGCCCCUGUGGGAAUGUUCACCAGCCAGCCUGUCCAACCGGCAUUCGUGCCCAUGCAGACCUAUAUGCCAGGUCUGGCCAGCAGUAUGACCUAUCCCAAUGCCAGCGUGCCUGUGGUUGGCAUCACACCAUCGCAAAUGGUGGCUAAUGUCUUCUGCACUGCUACAGGCUCAUCUGGUGUAGGUGUAGCCAUGGGCUCGGCCGGAGGAGGACCUAAAGUAGGGGCACUCGGAACAGUCGGGCAGCCCCAUUCUUACCCAGGAGCACCUGGUGCAGUCGGGCACACUGGAGGGUUUUCCACACCGCCAUUCUCAUCCACUCCGCCAUUAUCAACAGCCAUUAAUGGCCUGCCACCGCACAGCAGUGCCAUAAUGGACCUCCAGAAUGGGACCUCCAACAGUGGUGGCAAUGGUGGCAGCAGUAGCAGCUGGCCGCCAGAGGGCAGCCAGCUAACAGCUCCGGCAGCCAGCGAUUCCCAAGACGAUGAUCGUUUUGAGGCCAAGUGGGCGGCACUGGAGGCCAAACCUGCGCCUCAGCAGCCUGGGAAUAAGGCACAAGCUACAGCAGCCAACCCAUUUUCCAACAAUCUUCAAAAGACUUUUGAGAUUGAGCUUUAAACCAGAGUUGGCCUCCCAAAGCUGUAGCUCUAGCCCUGGAGUUAAAGCCUGAGAAAGCUGGGCGCUAAUUCCAGCAUCUGUGCUUAGAAUAGGAUGCUGGUCCUUAAAGUCAGCCUAGCAUCUGACCUGUGGCAACCUAGCAACUUGCUAAAAGCUUUCAUAGGAGUCAAUGAUCUCAAUUGCUUUCUUUACAUUCCCACAAGAGCUUGGGAAGAAGUUGGCAGAUUGCUUGGCUGCCAUUGGAGAAUCAGGUCUCUAGCUCACUAGACUUGAUGGACUGAAUCCUUCGAUUCCACCCAUUACCCACCAUUCUCCCCUGCUUUCACUUCUCCACUCUGGCUUUACUUUACCUGCUGCAAAUCCCUGGAUGUACUGUAUGUGCCCCCUUGAGGACAUUGUGCACAGCUCAGUGGUUUCUUUCUUUAAAAGGGACUCCACUCCAAUGCAUUCCAAACCCAUGAGAUGUUUUUUUGUCUGGUGGAGAUUUUGGUGGAGAAUUUAGCAGACAUGGCUACAUUGCAAGACGUGCAGACACGAUUUUUUGACUGAUGAUCAGACUGAUGCUGAUCUUAGCACAGCAAAAGUUUGGAUACCUGAAAGGACUAGCCAAUGAUGUAAGACUGGACUCUACCAACCCAAAAGGACUUACUGACUAAUAGUAGAGAUUUAUGGCCAAAACUAUUUUAUUUAUUGUAUUUCCUUUUUAUUUUAACAAGUUAUAUAUACUUAAAAAUCAAAUUUUUAAAGCAGCGUUUCAGGAUCGUGUUGUUUUACAUCCCCUCUAUUUAUCUUUCUUGAACCGUAAAGAAGAGGGAAACUACAGGUAGCAGACAGGUAACAGGUGUGACUGGGCAGCUGUAGACGGAAAGCACUGUGGGAAACUGAGUCAUGUAACAGGAACCAAAUAGCAGGGCUGACAGUACAGCAAUGUGUAGUGCGACAUGUGAGACAGUAAGUGUAUAUAGCGGCAUGUUUCUUCCACCUGUUAGCUCUCACGUAUAUAUGCUCCACUGCUGGUGAGGCCAGAUGAGUCAAUAUGGCUUCACUUUGGCUCUGUAGCCCAUUUGUGUUGCUAAAGCCUACCUUCAAGGGUUACUGGUAUAUGAAAAAUCACUUCAGGAUAUCCAGCACACAGACACUCUGGACAAUACAGCACAGCAGUCCUGUGGACUCCAUCUUCUCCAGACAAACCCAAGGAACUUUAACAACUCAGUGGAAAUAAAAAAAUAACACUCUACAACACUGUGCAACUGGUUAAAAAAAGUGAUGCACUACAUUCCAACAUUCAUAAAUCCUUUAAUGUGUUCAAACACAGGGUAUAGUCUCAUCAAGUACAGUAUGAUUGUGUAUUCACCUCUAUGUACUGCUGCCUCAGUUGCAGUAGUACUGCACUCAUUAUUAUUAUUAAGGACAUUUGAUUGAAAGAUUAACAGGAAGAGAAAAUACAGAACAGCAGAAGAAUAGAUUUCUAGAGGAAAGAAGGAAGGAUAACCUGUAUGUGAGAGACUGAAGGAGAGAAUGGAGUUAUACUUUAAAAAAUGAGAUGGAGGAUGUCUGGGGAGAGGAAAAAAAGAGAUAAGAGUGAGAGACAGUGUCUGAAAAUACUGAGAACAAAGACACAUUCAUCACAUAGCCUACAACCCACUGUCUGCCAUUUUCACAUCUUUUUGGUUCAAGGUCAAGCCACUUCAAUUUCAGCAUCAUGUUCCUCAACUCCUAGAACCUUACUGAACACUUUUGAUCAUAUUUUACAAAAAAAGUUGCUUAUUAUAUAAUUGCAGUCUCAUAAACAAGAUUGUUUGUAAGUAUGUGCAACUCCCUGUAUAGUUAAAACUUCAAUAAUGUCAACAAAGCUUUCUGUGUUUUAACUUGCAGUUUCUGUCAUAAAAGUUCAGGUCUAUUCAAGAAGAUGCAACAUUACAAAGAAAUGGUCUUUAUAGAAGGGCUUUUCCAUGUGACGUGUAGCGAACAGGUGGUUUUUGUAUGUUAUAUAUAAACUGUAAUCUGACCAGAGAUGCUCCUGUUAUGUUCCUUGGCAAAUGAAUUGUAUGGAUAUGGACUACCACUGAUUUGGUUUCCUGCUCAUUAACUCCCCACAGUUUAAUUAGCUUAUUGAGUCUCUUCCUGUGGCAGCGAUCCCAUCUGAUAGGCUGCCACUAGCCUAAUUUAUACCCUUUCGGGUCCUCCCGGGGUUUUGUCCUUUGUUUUUGGACGAAUCAAUAUUUCUCUCCCACCAAACAAAUCUAAAUUGCUUUCUCUCCCCUCCUCUCUCUACAAGAUGUGACUGAUUCACUCAUGAAAUCAAUGCGUUUACUUCUUUGAAAAUGUAUUUUAGCCCUCGACUCUUGUUUGCACGCCCUCCAAAUUAUAAAUGUAGGUUAAUUGUUUUCCGCGUUAAAGCAAACUAAAUGACCUCAUAAACUUGAUUGUAAAACCAUAGUUUAGUGAUGGUAACAAAGCAAACCAGUGGGAUUUAUUUUUAAUCUUUAUUUACAGAAUUUUUGUAUUUAAACCUACAUAUUUGUAUUGUAAUUACAUUGUACAAAAGAUAAAUAAAGUAAUAUAAUAUUA